AUGCAUGAAGUAGCAGGGCCUGAUAUGUCCUGGAAAUCCCCUCUCUUUGAUGGCUUUGCCCUCUUAUGGGGCAUUCUCUUUGGAUUAUUCAUUGUAAGUGCACCAGUGAUGACUUGUCCCACGAGCUGCCACUGCAUAGAGAAGAGUGGCAUGACUGUGGUCCAAUGUAUGUCCCGAAACUUGGAAAACAUACCACCAGAUCUUCCAAGAGAUACUGUUGUCCUACUUUUGGCAUCCAACCACAUCACCCACAUCCCUAACCACGCCUUUAAGGAACUGCACUAUCUUCAGGAGCUGGACCUGUCUAACAAUGACAUUGAAACGGUGGACCUCGGAGCUUUUCAAGGCGUUUCUGACAGCCUCCUUGUUCUGGAUCUAUCAAACAAUCGCAUCCAAAGUGUCCCCAAAGAGGCAUUUGCGCGCCUACGAGCCAAAAUCAGCCUCUCGAACAACCCGUGGCACUGUGAGUGCGCGCUGCAGGAGGUGCUGAGGGAAUUGCGGCUGGACCCCGAGACAGUGAACGAGGUGAUCUGCCACACUGCGGUGCAGGAGGAAUAUGCGGGCAAACCAGUAAUCCAGGUGCUGGACUCAGGGAUCAACUUCUGCAACUUUCACCACAAGACCACCGACGUGGCCAUGUUCGUCACCAUGUUCGGAUGGUUCACCAUGGUGAUCGCGUACGUCAUCUACUAUGUGAGACACAAUCAGGAGGAUGCUAGGAGGCACCUGGAGUACCUCAAGUCACUGCCGAGCAGCUCUCAGAUCAGCAAGGACUUUGACACCAUCAGCACUGUUCUCUAG